CCCAACAACGGUCACCUUACAUUUUUCCCAUUUGGUUGGAGGAAAAAUGACAAUAAAAAAAAACGGGUAAAUCAAAGCAGCAGCUAUCUACAAGCAGCCCAGCAGCGGAGCAGACGCACACAAUGGUUGAUCCUGUGGCGGCGCUGUGCAAUUACAAUGUGCUGGAGGUGAUCUUCUCCUACCUGGAGCUGGAGGACCUCAGUCAUUGUUCGCAGGUAUGCAAAAGUUGGUACCACUUCCUAAACGACGAGAACAGCGACGUCUGGCGCUGGCACUGCCUAAACAAGCUGCCCAAGGAGGCCCUCAAAUCGGACCUGCUGGCCUCCGUCUCCACAUACAAGACGAAGCUGCGGGCCUACUUUCACGCCUGGAGCCCCAACGACUGUUCACGGAAUGUGUACAUCAAGCCGAAUGGAUUCACCCUGCAUCGCAAUCCCGUUGCUCAGAGCACAGACGCGGCCCGAGGCAAAAUCGGAUUCCGGCACGGUCGUCACACCUGGGAGGUGAUCUGGGAGGGACCGCUGGGCACCGUAGCCGUCAUCGGCAUAUCUACCAAGGAGGCGGCUCUUCAGUGUCACGGCUAUGUGGCCCUUCUAGGCUCCGACGACCAGAGCUGGGGCUGGAAUCUGGUCGAGAACCACCUGCUGCACAACGGCGACAUGCAGGGCAGUUACCCGUUGCUGAACAAUGCACCCAAGUACCAAGUGGGCGAGCGGAUACGCGUUAUCCUGGACUGCGAAGACAACACCUUGUCGUUCGAGAAGAACUACGAGUUUCUUGGUGUGGCCUUCCGGGGUCUGCCGGACAAGAAGCUCUACCCCACAGUAUCCGCUGUCUACGGCAAUACCGAGGUCUCGAUGGUCUAUCUCGGCACACCGUUGGACGGAUAGCUUCGCAGAGGGCCUACAACUGGGCCUAGACUAUGUUAUUGUGUACAUUUGUAUUUAUCUCAAUUAUGAUUGCUUCAUUCCACCUGCAACUCAGUUCGAUAAAUUUAGUUACUAGUUUCGUUUUUUUGUACAAAAUUAUGAAUUUUGUUGACUUACGCUACGCCAAAGUUCAUAUCCACCUCGGCACUAUCUUCACAUGGCAAUUACGUUAGUUAUACGAACCAAAUGAAUAUAAUAUUAUAGCGAUUAAACAAUA